AUGCUAAACCAGUUCCUUCUUGUUGUGCUGCUCCUCACUCUCUUUACCCCUUACACUACUUCCAACCACAGUGCACAGCUCCUUGCUCGACUGGGGAACCAUGUUCCUGCUAUGAAGCUCGUAAAUGUGUCUCGGAUGUCAUUGGAAACAUCCAAGACGCGUAUACUUUGCUGGGUCAGCACAUAUUACGCUAAUCACGACACGCGCCUGCCUGCCAUCAAGCGAACGUGGGGCAAAAAGUGUGACAAGUUGUUGUUUCUAAGUAACGUGGAAGAUUUACGUAUCCCUACAGUGCAAAUAGUGGCCCCACCAUUGCAUGAAAUGUUGUGGCAAAAGCACUGGGAGAUUGUGCGGCUCUUAGUGAAGGAAUAUCGUGAAGACGAAUUUGACUGGAUUUUUAAAUGUGACGACGAUACAUUUGUAAUUAUGGAAAACCUUAAAACUUUCCUUAAUUCGCCAAAAAUUCGAGCAAUUCCGAAAAGUGAACCAACUAUUUUGGGACAUCGGAUGACCUUACCAUGGUGGGAAAUGCAACGUCCAUUUGAACCUUUUGAAAAUUAUGAUCCUGAACAUGUGACGGCAAUGCUAAAAGUCAAAGAUGAGACGAAAGAAAACGGAGGAUUAAUUUAUACUCCUGGAGGUGGAGGAUAUGCCAUGAAUUGGGCGUAUUUGAAAAAGUUAGAUGCGAGUUUUAAUGAACCGUUUUGCUUCCCAAAUGAUGUGGUUGGAGAUGACUGGGCCAUUUCGUUCUGUAUGCGGCAUUUUGGAGUGAUACCAUUGGAUACAAGAGAUGAAGAAAAGAGAGAGAGGUUUCAUCAGUAUGACCCCAAUGAUGUGUACACGAGAUCACAUGAUGAAGAAGCAUACAACCACAAAAUUUUUACGUCGAUUUACCAGGAAAAUAAUUGGUUUUCCGACCAUAAUGGAAUUGGAUGGCAAAAUGGAGACAAGUGCUGCGCGCCUGACUCAAUUAGUUUUCAUUAUGUCAAACCACCACUGAUGGAGCUGUUUUACGAGUUCUAUUACGGUGAAAACGCCACGGUGGAAAUCUCGAGUCCGUAA